AUGUCAACCGGACAAAGGAAUCCCCAGCCAGUUCGUCGGAUCAUAACAACCCAUGAUCCUAAAAGCGGCCGAGCUAUCUUUACCGACGCGGUUGGGGAGCAGGUAUCGUUCACCGGGUUCCCGGUUCCCCCCGGCAAGCCCCCAACGUCAGACUAUGCUCUGGCUUAUAACACGAGUACAUUUCCCGUGCAAGGGCUUUCCCCUCCAACUUCUGCGGUCCCAGAGUCCAAAGCCAACCUCGACAUUAAGCACUAUCACUCUCAGCUCUCGGAUCCAUCGCCCUUGAAUCCGCCAGGAGGCACCUCCUGCACAAUUAUCGAGGUGCCUCCAGACACUUGGGUCCCGAUGCACCGAACAGAGACCCUCGAUUAUGGUGUCAUCAUUGAUGGCGCUACAGAAUUAGUUCUUGAUUCCGACGAGAAGAAAGUACUGAAAAAGGGUGACGUGUUUGUUCAACGAGGCACGGCUCAUGCUUGGCGGAAUAUAACUGAAAAGAAAGACAACAAUGGUGUUUUACGCGUCUUCUUCGUCUUUCAGCCUAUCGAGCAGGUGCGACUGGAAGGCAACAAGGUCGUUGCUCAGGACUUGACACUGUCUCUGCGUGAGUCGUAA